AUGAAGCGAACAAGGCAUACGACUGAGCAGAUCAUUGAGAAGUUGCGUCUAGCAGACGUUUCCCUUGGUAAGGGCCAGAAGGUCCCGGAGAUCUGCAAGACGCUUGGGAUUACCGAGCAGACCUAUUACCGCUGGCGGCAGAAAUACGGUGGAAUGGCUCCGGAGAUGGUCAAGCAACUACGGGCUCUUGAGAAAGAAAACGCCCGGCUGAAGAAGCUGGUGGCUGAGCAGGCUCUGGACAUGGAGAUUCUCAAGCAAACCGUCAUCAAGGUAAGUCGUCGUUUGGGGCCCGAGAAGGUCUCGGAACGCCGGGCUUGCCGGGUAUUGGGCCAAUCGCGAUCGACUCAGCGACACGUGAGGCGUCGUCCGUCUGAUGAAGCGAAGCUGUUGGCCGAGAUGCGGAGGAUCGCGACCCGGCGUCCCCGUUUCGGCAGUCCGCGAAUUCACGAUGCGCUGACCAAGCGUGGCUGGAAGAUCAACCACAAGCGUGUAGAGCGUCUUUGGCGGGAGAAAGGCAUGCAGGUGCCCAGAAAACAGCAUAAACGGCGUCGACUCGCGUGUGGUGGCAGUGAGAACAGCUGCGUGCGAAAGCGUCCACUGAGACCCAAUCAUGUAUGGAGCUACGACUUUGUCGAAGACCGUACCGAGAAGAACCGCAAGCUACGGAUGCUGGUGGUGAUCGAUGAAUUCACCCGCGAGAGCCUGGCGAUCGAAGUAGCUUGGUCUCUUAAGUCGCAGCAGGUGAUUGAGGUGCUUCAGUACCUGUUCGCCGUGCGUGGUGCUCCCGAGAACUUGAGAAGCGACAACGGCCCGGAGUUCGUAGCCCGAGCCGUGACACGUUGGCUGCAUCAAGCCCACGUGAAGACAUUGUUUAUUGCUAAAGGCAGUCCCUGGGAGAACGGCUACGUGGAGAGCUUCAACAGUCGGUUUAGGGAUGAGCUGUUGGACCGCGAGCUAUUCGUUAGCCUUGAAGAUGCCCCCCCCUGCAACAUUUGCUGCCCGCUGCUGUUCGCCAACCUUGGGCGUAACAUCCGACCGGCCCGCACGAUCGUCGUCGGAAUCGAUGUUGCGCCGGUCGGCGUUUGCGGCUUCGCGGCGUCCCUGUCGCUGGAAUCGGCGUUCGUCGUUGUCGACGACGGAGUUGAAUUCCAACCGGAUCGCGUUCGGUCCGUUGUUUCCGCGCAGUCCAUCGUCGCCGGCAACGUGUUUCAACAACGAGGCGAUUUUUGGCAACUGUCGUUUGCCGGAGAAAGCAAGCUCCUGAAGGACUCGGUCGGUUUGGGGUACAUCGCUCGUCUGCUCAUGGAACCCGAUCGCGAUAUCCCCGCAGUAACCUUGCUGGCGUCCAAGGCUGGAAUUGACCCGCUGACCACGAGCGGUUCGUCAGGCGAAAUGCUCGACAAACAGGCCCGCGACGAAUACGGCCGCCGCUACAGCGAGCUGCAGGAAGAAUUGCGCAAGUCGAGAAAGAAUAAAGACCUUGGCAAGAUCGAGAAGCUGGAAGGCGAAAUGGAGCAAUUGACGCGUGAGUUGGCCAGCGCCACCGGCAUCGGGGGCCGGUCGCGCCAACAGACUGACAUUGAAAAAGUUCGCAAGUCGGUAUCGAUGGCCGUUUCCCGCGAUAUCCAGCGGAUCGGCAAGGAACACGAAUCACUUGGCCGGCACUUGACGGCGUCGAUCACGUCCGGCCUGACCUUCCGCUACGCCCCGGAAGGCCAGAUGGACUGGUUGACCUAA